CAGUGGACUUUCCCAUCCACUCUGUAUAAAUUGUAGACCCACAUUCCCUCAAUACAGUCUCUUUGGUGUUCACACUAUAUAGCUGAAUAGACACACUUCCAAAAUGGCUCCAGACAUCAAGAUGUGUUUCUGCAUUCAGCUUGUUCUUGCACUAACAGGCACAGGAAUAGGAUCUGCCCUGCCAGGUAAGAGCCACAGUGGAGGGAAGAACGACCCAGUGCUGCAGUAUGUCGUGAACAACUCACUGAGAGAACAUCCUGUCAUGACCAAACUCAGACUGAAAACCCUUGAGGACCCAUGGAGCAUCAUGCUGGUUGCUAGUGAACAAGCACAACUGAUGGCUAAUCUGGCCAAACUGAUCAAUGCCAGCAAAACCAUUGAAAUUGGGAUGUACACGGGGUACAACACCCUGAACAUGGCAUUGGUUGUACCAGAGAAGGGUCAAGUGGUAGCAUGUGAAAUAGACGACGAAUACGUGAACAUUGCUAAACCUUUCUUUAAAGAGGCCGGAGUCGAGGAUAAAAUUAAUGUCCGUCUUCAAAUGUGUAUAAAAACACUGGAUGAGUUGAUAGCUGCUGGGGAAGCUGGAACAUAUGACUUUGUGUUCAUCGAUGCGGAUAAACGGAACUAUGACAGAUAUUAUGAGAAGUCUCUUGAGCUUGUGAGACAAGGGGGCAUCAUUGCCAUCGAUAAUGUACUCUGGAGUGGUAAAGUGGUGGACCCUGCUCCUGAUGACCUGACCUCCCAGGCUCUGGACAAGCUCAACAAGAAACUCCACACAGACCAGAGGAUCGAUCUGAGCAUGCUCACUGUGGGCGACGGACUCACCCUGGCCAUCAAACGCUAACAAUAACCCAUGCUAACUCAUACUAACCCGUGAUGACUCAUGCUUAAUGCAUGCUUACUCCAAACCCACUGUGAUUUAUUGGGGAUUUUUUUGAGAUGUGGUAAACAUGAAGGGCUGGAAUAAAUAGAUGUUAUUUUCAACAAGUA